AUGGGCAGCAGCCGCCGCCGACCUGCAGCAGCUGCCGCCGCCGAGCCUGCAGCAGCAGCCGCCGCUCGACCUGCAGCAGCUGCCGCCGCCGAGCCUGCAGCAGCAGCCGCCGCUCGACCUGCAGCAGCUGCCGCCGCCGAGCUUGCAGCAGCAGCCGCCGCUCGACCUGCAGCAGCUGCCGCCGCCGAGCUUGCAGCAGCAGCCGCCGCUCGACCUGCAGCAGCUGCAGCAGCCGAGCCUGCAGCAGCAGCCGCCGCUCGACCUGCAGCAGCUGCCGCCGCCGAGCCUGCAGCAGCAGCCGCCGCUCGACCUGCAGCAGCUGCCGCCGCCGAGCUUGCAGCAGCAGCCGCCGCUCGACCUGCAGCAGCUGCAGCAGCCGAGCCUGCAGCAGCAGCCGCCGCUCGACCUGCAGCAGCUGCCGCCGCCGCGCCUGCAGCUGCAGCCGCCACCGACCCUGCAGCAGCAGCCGCCGCUCGACCUGCAGCAGCUGCCGCCGCCGAGCCUACAGCAGCGGCCGCCGCCGACCCUGCAGCAGCUGCCGCGGAGCUCCCUGCUACGACCUGGCCCCGCCCCGCUGUUGCAGCGGCCACGCUGUCGCCACUGUCUUGCGCCCGCCGCACCAACCACUGUCGGGGUGGCCGUAGUGGUAGUCGCUCUGGAGUGCGUCGUUCGGGAGCCUCUGGUAGUGGACAGGUGCAGCAGCCGUGCCCUCUUCUGGUCCAGCAGGCUCGUGAGUGGUACGCCGGUUUGAGCAGUCGGGGUGGCCGUAGUGGUAGUCGCUCUGGCGUGCGUCGUUCGGGAGCCUCAGGUAGUGGACAGGUGCAGCAGCCGUGCCCUCUUCUGGUCCAGCAGGCUCGUGAGUGGUACGCCGGUUUGAGCAGUCGGGGUGGCCGUAGUGGUAGUCGCUCUGGCGUGCGUCGUUCGGGAGCCUCAGGUAGUGGACAGGUGCAGCAGCCGUGCCCUCUUCUGCUCCAGCAGGCUCGUGAGUGGUACGCCGGUUUGAGCAGUCGGGGUGGCCGUAGUGGUAGUCGCUCUGUGAGUGAGGCAGCCGCUCUCGGUGCCAGUACGUCUGUUGCCCUCGGUGCAGGUGAGGCUACCACUCCCGGUACUCGCGUGUCUGCUACUCCAGGUGCUGGUGAGCCUACUGCUCUAGGUGCUAGUGCGUGCUAG